UCUCUACACGCUCUGUAACUGUAACUGUAUCUGCAGAAUUUCAAGAUGAACCCUCAUAGCCUUGUAGCAUCUGCUACCAUAAACAUAGGGUUAUCAUUGAUAACUCUCACUCUCUUCUCCAUCCUGAAGAAGCAGCCUUCAAAUGCUUCCAUUUACUACGCUCACCGUCUCUCUCACCGCCACCACAUCCCUUUCGAUCGCUCCUCUGCCUCUAACCGUUUCCUUCCUUCUGUUUCUUGGAUCUCUCGCGCUUUUCGUGUCACUGAAAAUGAGAUUCUCCAAGAACAUGGCCUUGACCCUCUUGUUAUCAUCAGGCUCUUCAAAUUCGGCAUUAAGUUUUUUGCAGUGGCUUCUCUUGUUGGGUUGGUGGUACUUGUCCCGAUUAAUUAUGAUGCCGAAGUGGUUCAGAACAAGAGAUACUUUACAAUGGAUUCUUUUACAAUAUCUAAUGUUAGUAGAGGUUCUUCAAGGCUUUGGGUACAUUUUGCAUGCUUGUGUUUCCUAUCUUUAUACGGGAUGUACCUGCUGUAUAAGGAAUAUGAAGAAAUUUUGAUUCUAAGGAUUCAGCAACUUCAAAAUUUAAGGAAUAGACCUGAUCAAUUUACUAUUAUAGUUCGGGAAAUUCCAGUAUGCAUUGAACAUAAGGCUCUCGACUGUUGUGUUGAUCAUUUCUUCAGUAAAUACUAUCCAAACACUUUCUAUUCCUAUCAAAUGGUGUAUGGCACUGAAGAUCUUGAGGUGUUAGUGAACCAGACAAAGUCUCUUGCAAGAAAAAUAGGAGACUUGAGAGAGACUCCCACGGCCAAGAAACGUAAGAAUAAGUUGUCACUCUUGGAUUGGUCACAACAAGAGACUUCAAAAGUAGCUUUGCUUGAGGAAAAGUUUCACGCACUUUGUCACAAGAUUCACCAGUUACAGUGCAAAGAUAUGCUCAAGAAAAAGGAGUUGCCUGUUGCUUUUGUAACAUUCAAGUCCCGUUCGGGUGCUGCAGUAGCAGCUCAGUUGCAACAGCAGUCACAUCCACUUCUUUGGAUCACUGAACUUGCCCCAGAACCAAGGGAUGUUUCAUGGAGAAAUAUGAAAGUAUCCUACAGACUAGUGCCACUUUAUAAACUUGGUGUUCUCAUUGCAGCAUCACUGCUUACAGUUUUCUUUGUCAUUCCUGUUACUGCUGUUCAAGGAAUAGCCAAAUAUGAGAAACUGAAGAAAUGGUUUCCUCCAGCCAUGGCCAUACAGUUGAUACCAGGAUUAAGCUCUAUAGUGACAGGAUACCUUCCAAGUGUUGUACUGAAAGGAUUUAUAUACGUUGUGCCAUUUGCAAUGUACGCUAUGGCUAAAGUUGCGGGAUGUAUUGCAAGAAGUAAGGAGGAGAUCAAGGCUUGCAACAUGGUUUUCUACUUUCUGAUUGGAAAUGUAUUCUUCUUGAGUGUUUUAUCAGGAUCCCUUCUUGAUUUUAUUGAACAAUUUAUUAGCCAUCCUAAAAAUAUUCCCAGUCAUCUUGCCAGAGCGGUCUCUGCCCAAGCAGAUUUCUUUGUGACAUACAUCUUGACAGAUGGUCUAUCAGGGUUUUCUUUCGAAAUUCUUCAGCCUGGCUUACUACUUUGGGAUAUUCUAAUGUCGUGUACUCCGGGAUGUACACGAGAGAGAAGUCCUUAUCUGUAUUCAUUGCCUUACUUCAGAAUUAUCCCUUUUGUCUCUCUCUCAGUGCUAAUUGGGACAGUGUAUGCAGUAGUAGCGCCAUUGUUACUCCCAUUUCUUAUCAUUUACUUCUGUCUUGGAUAUGUUGUCAUGAUUAACCAGAUUCAAGACGUGUAUGAAACUACUUACGAAACAUGUGGACAAUAUUGGCCGUACAUUCAUCACUACAUUCUCCUUGCAAUUAUUCUCAUGCAGAUUACCAUGAUUGGUUUAUUUGGGCUGAAGGCAAAACCAGCUGCUUCUAUAUCAACCAUUCCAUUACUUAUAUUCACAUUAAUGUUUAAUGAGUACUGCAAGAUGCGUUUUCUCCCUUCCUUUCACCAUUAUUCUCUCAAGGAUGCUGCUGAAAAUGAUGAACUUGAUGAAAAGAGUGAUCUCUUGGAGUUCCACUAUGACAGUGCAAUCAAUGCUUAUUGUCCACCAUGUUUACGGCCAGUGAAUAUUAGGGCACCAGAGUCCAGCUCCACACCAUUAGUUUCUUCAUGAUCUGCAUUUGUUACAUUAUUCUUGAAAAAAUAGUGACAAUUAUUAUUUGAAGGAAAUGCAAAAGGACAUGCUCAAUUCAAGAA